AUGAUUAGAGAUGGCUCUGUAGCUCGUCAAGAGGUACACCCACCACAGAGUACUGGCGAAGACCCACUGCCCUCCACAAGGUCGGAUAUCAAACCACAGUAUACACUUAAGUAUACAUUAAAUGGGCAUAUAAAAGCGGUUUCUUCUCUCAAGUUCUCCGAGUGUGGUCAGUGGCUUGCCAGUUCAUCUGCAGACAAAUUGAUCAAGAUUUGGAACGCAUAUGAUGGGAAGUUCGAAAAGUCCAUCAGUGGUCACAAACUUGGAAUAUCGGAUGUCGCGUGGUCUUCCGAUUCCAGAUUCUUGUGCAGUGCUUCGGAUGAUAAGAGUCUGAAGAUUUGGGAUUUUGCUUCUGGCUACUGCCUCAAAACUCUAAAAGGCCACAGCAACUAUUUUGAUGAGAGUGUUAAAUUGUGGGACGUGAAGACGGGACGAUGUAUCCGUACCCUCCCUGCACACUCUGAUCCGGUUACGGCUGUUCACUUCAACAAAGAUGGCACUCUGAUUGUCUCGUGCAGUUACGAUGGUCUAUGUCGUAUAUGGGACACUGCUUCGGGUCAGUGCUUAAAGACUCUUAUAGACCAGGACAAUCCACCGGUCUCAUUUGUUCGCUUUUCUCCCAACGGGAAGUACAUCCUCGCGGCGAAUUUAGACAGCACUCUCAAACUGUGGGACUAUAGCAAGGGACGAUGCCUUAAAAUGUACAAAGGGCAUGUCAAUGAAAAGUACUGCAUCUUUGCCAAUUUCUCCGUGACCGGAGGCAAGUGGGUCGUAUGUGGCUCAGAGGACAAAAAGGUAUAUAUUUGGGACUUGCAAACCAAAGAGGUUGUUCAGGCAUUGGAAGGGCACACAGACGUGGUCCUUUGUACUGCUACCCAUCCAACUCAAAAUAUUAUUGCUUCCGGUUCUCUUGAAUACGACAAGUCCAUUCGCCUUUGGACCAGUGAGACGUAA